UCUUCUUCUCAUGCUUGCUGUCACUCUGAAUCUUCUCUUCCCUCAUUCCAUUUCUCGAACAGAAAGCGAAUUCGAAAAUUCGGCCAUGACUUCCAUUAAGCAAGAAGGUUUGCCACUAACUGAUCCCUCCAAAAUUGAACUCCGACGUGAAACCGCCGUUGUCUUGCCCGGGAAAAGAAGAGGAGCGCACGCUGCCCUUGGCUACAUGUGCAGUGCAGUUCUCUUGGUUCUGUUCAACAAAGCAGCCCUUUCUUCUUACAGCUUUCCAUAUGUAAAUGUGAUCACACUUUUCCAGAUGCUAUCUUCUUGUGCAUUUCUCUAUGCCAUGAAACGCUGGAAGAUCAUCUCUUUCUCAGAGGGGGAGCCACAGAGUGUUACAAGCAACCCAAUCACCUUAAUACCAUUGAGGACACUAGUUCAUACCCUCCCUCUGGCAGUUUCAUACUUGCUAUACAUGUUAAUCACCAUGGAAUCCGUUCGUGGCAUAAAUGUUCCUAUGUACACCACUUUAAGGCGGACUACUGUGGCUUUUACCAUGAUUGUGGAGUAUCUUUUGACAGGACGGAAACACUCAUCAUAUGUCAUUGGCAGUGUAGGGAUAAUUAUAAUUGGUGCAUUUGUUGCUGGAGCUCGCGACUUGUCAUUUGAUGCCUAUAGCUAUUCCAUUGUUUUUAUGGCAAACAUCUGCUCUGCAGUAUAUCUUGCUUCCAUCGCUCAUAUUGGUAAAUCCAGUGGCCUCACUAGCUUUGGCCUUAUGUGGUGCAAUGGAAUAAUUUGUGCACCAAUCUUGUUAUUUUGGACAUCAUUCAAAGGUGACCUUGAAGCGUUGAUGAGCUUCCCUUAUUUAUAUUCUAGUGGGUUUCAGGUUGUGAUGCUUCUCUCUUGUAUCAUGGCUUUCCUAAUAAAUUAUUAUGUAUUCUUGAAUACAACACUCAAUUCAGCUUUGACACAGACAAUAUGUGGCAAUUUGAAGGAUCUUUUCACUAUUGGAUUGGGAUGGCUACUGUUUGGUGGGCUUCCAUUUGAUUUGAUGAAUGUACUCGGCCAAUCUCUUGGGUUUUUGGGAUCAUGUUUGUACGCCUACUGUAAACUCAAAGGAAAAUAGACACAUGGCCGCUGCUUGAGAGCCUCAUACUGGAGUUAUCAAUGGUUAUUCCUUUGUGCAACGACAUUGCUCCACUAUGAUUCGAGUUGUAGUAAAAAGCUUCUUUGCAAAAGGAUAAGGUGCGUACAUCUGACCUAUCCCAAACCCCAUAAUGGAAGAGCCUCGUACAUUUUGAUAUAUGCCCUUUAGCAUAUGUUUCUUCUCCCUAAAGAUUAAGAUUGUUGUGAAAAUAUUUGUUUUGAAAAAAGCGGAAAAAGUAUAUAAAAGAUACGGUUUUAAUAAAUUGAAAUGCCAUAAAAAGUGUGUUUAAAAUAAUUAGAUUUUUAGAAAUGCAAGGAAAAUAAAAUCAUUUCAUCAAAAACCUAAUUAGAUUUUUGUUUGCUUUAUUAAAUAAAUCAUGAUUUCAAAAAUAGAAUUUAAAAUGUUUGAUCUAUUUUUUUAAUCAAGAGGUAAGGAAAAGGGAUUAGUCA